AUGAAUAAGGUAGGUCUCUGCAAUAGUGGCUUUGAACAAUUGGUAUGUAUGAAUGUAAAAGUUCUAAACAAAAGUAACCCUUACCUCUUUGCAUUACGACCAUCAGUACUUCUCCUCUCUCGAGAUUUGUUAAAGUAUAGUAGAGGUUUAAACAGGUCAUUUCAUUUAAUCUCCAAAUUAGACAGUGAAUCAAAAAAUAAUAAAGAUUCAAAUAAACGAGAUAUUCUACAUAAACAUGAACAUGAACAUGCCAGUCAUUCACUAGGACAUAGUCAUACACACAAAGCCGCUAACCCAUUGUUAGUGGUAAGCACAGAACAAUUUAAAAAAAAUCCGGGGGUUAGAAUCACAUGGAUUGGUUUGGGGAUUAAUGUAGGAAUGACAUGUGGUAAAUUUUUAGGUGGUAUUAUGUUCCAUUCACAAGCUCUGAUAGCGGAUUCUGUUCAUGCAUUGAGUGAUGUUGUUUCAGACUUCUUGACGUUAUUCUCUGUUGGUUUUGCGAAGACAAAACCAACUCCAGAAUAUCCUAAUGGUAAUGGUAAGAUAGAAACAAUUGGAUCUCUGGCAGUAUCUUCCAUUUUAACUUUUGCCGGUGUAUCUAUUGGUUGGGCCUCAUUCACAUCAAUCGUUGGGCCAUUAAUUCCAGCUACCGUUAUAGAAACAAUUACUUCAUUGAUUGGCCACGUUCACGUUCAUUCGCACACUAGUAUUGAUGAUGUGACUAAUGUAAAUGCCGCUUGGAUUGCUGCUGCAUCAAUUGUUGCCAAAGAAUGGAUAUUCCAGGCAACGAAAAAAGUUGCAAUUCAAACAAAUUCUAACGUCUUAUUAGCAAAUGCUUGGCAUCAUCGUGUGGAUUCAUUAACGUCACUCGUGGCAUUAGUGACAAUCACAUCUGGAUACUUCUUUAACAUAGUAUCAUUGGAUGCUGUAGGAGGUUUACUUGUUUCUGGGUUGGUUAUAAAAGCAGGUGCAACGGGCAUGAUGAGUUCAGUUAAAGAACUAAUAGAUAAAUCGAUUUCCCAUGAUGAAGAACGUUAUAUAGAAAUCAAAGCUGGCAUUAACGAGAGUUUAAAAAACUUGAUUUCGAAUAACAACUCAGGUAAACCUUAUCAGAUUAAAGCUCUAGAUAUAUUAGCAUCUGGACCAUACUAUCAUGUUAAACUAACUUUAGAAGUUCCAGCACAAAAAUGGGAUAAUGUUUUAAGCAUGAGGGAAGGUGAAAAUAUUAUCAAAUAUUUGAGAAAAGCUUUAAGUAAGGAUUUCUCAGACAUUAUUAAGCUAGAUGUUGAGUUUGAAGAUGAAAUCAUUCCUUUGACAACAGAACAAAUAGAAGAAAAAAGAAAGCAAGAAAAAGAGGAGUUAGAAGAAGCUAAGAAUUUCCAUGAUCAUUACCAUGGUGACAUUUUAUCCCAUACCCAUUUAGAUGGCGAACUUUCGUAUGACAAUGAUUUACUGGGAUCAGAUACGACUAAGGCAACAUUAGAGUCAGUAGCACACUCACAUAAUAUGGAUAGUUGUGCUGAUCAAUCUCACUCGCACGACCAUUCCCAUUCACAAUCGCACAAUCAUACCGAUUCAAAUACCCAAUCAAGAUAG